AUGCUGGCGCGCCGCAAGUUCCCCAGCGGGCUCCACAUGCCCCAAAUCAACGGAGAGGCGGUAUCGCUUCAAGGGCCCAUUAUGCCCCCAGGUCAUCACCAACAAACAGCGAUGAAUCAGGCCGCCAUGGCGCAACAUCAUCCUUCAGGCCAAGCCCUUACGAGCGAGUUGGCUAAGCGACGUAGUCGAAAGCCUACCGAUAAGACGCUGCCGGAUGGUGUAGAGGACUGCAUUAUCGAUGCCGAGGUUGCCCAAAGGUAUAAGGGACUACGCGAUUUCGAGCGUCGCCUGGAUGCAACCAUGACGCGAAAACGUCUGGACGUCGUCGAGGCUGUGGGUCGCAAUGCAAAGCGCUACAAAACUCUCCGUAUCUGGAUCAGCAAUACUGUCGAAGAUCAGGCAUGGCAAGGAAGUGGGCUUAGCGUUGACAGUUUCGACUUUACACCCAGUGCUGAGCCUUCUUAUCGCGUGAAGAUCGAAGGCCGCCUGCUCGAGGAUGGUGAAGAUGAACCAUCGGAUGACCAGACCUUGUCUCGUGUCGACGGAGACAGCGGGCCUGGCUCAAGGCGGCAAAGUUCCGCAACCACGCCUCACAAAUACCGACUGUCUCACUUUUUAAAGGCCCUCAACGUUGACUUCGAUCGGAGUCGCUCACGAGCAGCAUCGGAUCAAACUGUUGAGUGGAAGAAGCAGCCUGCGCAGAACGCCGCGGCUGGCACAGACUUUGAUGAAUUUACUUUCAAGCGGAGUGGAGAUGAGAACAUGAACAUCACCAUCAAUUUGCACAGACAGGAAGACCCCGAGCGCUAUCUACUGAGUACCGAGCUGGCCGAUAUUGUAGACAUGGCAGAGGCUUCCAGACAAGAAGCUGUGCUAGCUGUAUGGGAGUAUAUCAAGAUGAUGGGCCUGCAAGAAGACGAAGAAAAGCGCAACUUCCGUUGCGAUGAGCUUUUGAGAAAGAUUGUCAAUGGUAACGAAGUCGGCAUGAUUCCCAACCUCAAUGACUACAUCCAGCCUCAUCUCCGACCACAACCUCCUGUCAACUUACCUUACACGGUUCGAGUUGACGAAGAGUUUCAUAAAGAUCCUCAGCCCACUAUAUAUGACGUUCGAGUCGCUGUUGAUGACCCUCUGCGAUCGAAGCUGCUACCAUUCAUGACAAAUCCAGCAUACGCUACCGCUCUUAAGGAGGUUGCCUUAAUGGAUGAGCAGUUAGCGACUGUGGUAUCGGCAAUUGCCAGUUCAAAAGCGAAGCAUUCAUUCUUCACCUCGUUGAGUCAAGAUCCCACCAACUUUGUGAGGAACUGGAUCAGCUCACAGAAGCGAGAUCUGGAAGUGAUCAUGGGAGAGGCAACGAGGGGCGGCGGAGAGGAUGCCACCGGUGACGAUUGGAGACGUGGCGGAAAGGAUAGUGUUUGGGCAUCGUCCAAUGCGCGUGAAAGUGUUAGUGUGAUGCUGGCGAAACAGCCAACUCAGUCUUCUCGGUAG